AUGCCGCAAUAUGCCUUGGAUUUUGGAAAUGCCUCGUCGGACGUUAAGUGUGUGAAGCCCACUGAAACCUUCAGCGGUGACGUUUUUCUGGAUCCGAUCCAUAUCGACCAAGAUGCAGGCAUUGCCAAUGCCACAUUUGCACCUUGUGCCCGAACCCAUUGGCACACUCAUGAAAAGGGACAAAUGAUAAAAGUUAUCGCUGGUAGCGGCUGGAUCUGCGAUAAGGGCGGCGUUCCACAGCGCCUGAAGACUGGUGAUGUUGUUUGGGCUCCAGCUGGAACUACCCACUGGCAUGGAGCGGAUUAUGGGAGCAUUAUGACUCACUUCGUUAUUGAAAUUGGGAGCACUGUAUGGCACGAAGCUGUGACUGAAGAGGAAUAUAGCCAAAAAGGGCAAGCUUUGAGAAUGCCAUUUAAUAGAUCUCAGCAAGAGAUGGAUACUUAG